GAAGUUAUAAACGCGACGAAUGAAGAAAAUAAAGAUGAGCCAUACGAUCUUUACUUUGAUUUACUGGAUAAAUUACAAUCAGAUGACGUGGAAUCUAAUAGUAAAUUAGUCAUACAACAAAUACAUAAAAGACUUAGUCAUAGAAAUCUGAAGACACAAUUGUUAUCUUUGAAAUUAGUUGAUUUCUUAUUGAAAAAUACAAAUCCACCAAUAUCAAUACAGAAGGAGGUCGCUAGUUUAUCUUUCACUCAGUCCUUGCAAAGGCUUAUAUUAGAUAGAAAUAGCGAUCAAGAGCUAAAGUAUUUGACAACUAAAUUAGUCUACACCUGGGCUGACGAUUUCGACAAUUCCAAUGAUUCAACCACUUUGGGUUUGAUGAGAGAAGUUGCUGAUAAUCUUGCAAAUCAAAACAUCUACCCUCAACAGGAAAACAGUCGUCCACGUCCACCUUCGCCAGACUAUCAAAAAUUGAAGCAAGAGGAGGAUGAGUUACAAAAGGUGCUCGAAAUGUCGAAGAUGGACAUAGGCGGUCGUUUCAAUCAAGUAGCUACUUCGCCUUCUCUCCCUUCAACUAGCACUCAAUCUCAUACUUUCAACACCCAACAACAGCCUACAUCUGCAUCGCCACCCCCACCAGUAACCAAGACAUCUUCCAACGAAGCGCCUCAACGUGUAAAGGCUUUAUACGAUUUUGAACCACAAGAAGCCAACGAACUGGGUUUCUUGAAGGGUGAUGUCAUUACCGUUUUGGAAUCAAUCCAUAAGGAUUGGUGGAGGGGUGAGCUUUCCGGUGAGAUUGGUAUCUUUCCGGUCAAUUACAUCCAGGUAUUGCCAAAUUUAACACCAUCGCAAAUAUCCUCGGAGGCUCAAGUUGAAGCACAGUUAUUUGACAGUGCUGGUGACAUAGAUAGAUUACUUAGAUUAUUACAAGACAUUGACCCAGCAUCUGGUGAUAAUAUCGCUGAUAAUGAUGAAAUUCAGGAUCUUUACGAUAAAACACUCAGAUUGCGUCCAAAAAUUGUCAAGCUAAUAGAAAAGUAUUCGCGCAAGAAGGAUGAAUUGGUUGCUAUCAAUAAUAGGUUCAAUCAAGCUAGAGAUCUUUUCGCUGGUAUGAUGGAAAGA